AUCAGCAUAUCUAGAAAGCAAACAAUUGUCUAGAGCCGCCACUUCCACAAGCCACAGUUUCUUUUGUUGUCACUUUGUGCGUUUUUUUUUUACUUAGCAAUGGCUUCGUCAACAUUGUCCUGGUCAUCUGCACCUUUGUUGUCAAGCAAAGGCGAAGUUGUGCCUUCAACUAAGCCUACUCCUUGCUCAGUGUCCUUUCCAUCAAGGGGUGGCUUUGGCAAGAGUAUUAGUAAGCCUUCAAGGUUGGCUUUGGUGAGAGCAGAAGCUGCUGGUGAUCAGAAGGAUACUUCAGUGGCCGUGCAUGUCAAUCAGCAAGGAAACAACCAAGGGGCAGCAGUUGAGAGAAGGCCUCGAAAAUUAGCUGUUGAUGUCUCCCCAUUCGGUUUGUUGGAUCCAUGGUCACCAAUGAGGACAAUGCGUCAAAUGCUGGACACAAUGGACCGACUGUUCGAUGAUGCACUGACAAUUCCUAGCAGUAGGAACAGGGGAGGAGGAGUGGUGCGGGCACCAUGGGAAAUCAAAGAUGAGGAGCAUGAGAUCAAGAUGAGGUUUGACAUGCCAGGACUGUCUAAGGAGGAUGUCAAGGUCUCAGUCGAGGAUGAUGUGCUUGUUAUUAAAGCAGAGCACAAGAAGGAAGAAACUGGCGAUGAUUCAUGGUCUAGUAGCAGCGUCAGCUCUUAUGAUACCCGGCUUAGGCUACCGGAUAAUUGCGGAAAGGAUAAGAUCAAGGCUGAGUUGAAAAAUGGAGUCCUCUUCAUUAACAUUCCGAAGACCAAAGUUGAACCUAAGGUCAUUGAUGUACAAAUCCAGUGAAAGAUUUUAUAAGAAGUCUGUACCAUGUAUAGUGCUUUUGUUUUGAAAGAACUUUCAGUCCUUGUAUCAUAUUUGAAAAUGUAAUGUCUUAGCUUCUUAUCUUUCUCAA